CACUAUGGCAGUCUACCGUCCAGGCCUCGGUCGGGAGGCGCCUCGCGAUGCCCAACAGAACGCUAUUGACAUCGUUGCUGGUCUCACGCCUGCAGCCAACAGAAUCGGUCUCAAGCAGGUUUUCCAAAAAUACGGCGAUAUCACAGUGUGUUGGCUACCACCUGUGGACAAACGCAACGAGAUGGCCGCAUACAUUCGUUACGAGCGUUCGGACAGUGCCCAAGCCGCAUUGGCAGCGUGUGACAGCGGAGAGGUUGUGCUGAAUGGUAUACCGCUGAAGGCUGAGUAUAGAUCUCGUGCGAAGUCCAGUGCAAGUUCAGCGUACGCAGCGAGGGAGCGUGGUGGUUUCAAUAGAAGUGGAAAACGGAGGAGUUAUGGCGCGCUGUCGAGCCGCAGUAGGAGUAGAGAACGUCGAAGGGCGAAAUAUGGAUACAGCUCGUCAUCAUCCUCAUCACGUUCACGUUCCCGGUCCUACUCGGGUGAUAAGAGGAGCCGCAGUUACGACAGUCGUGACGGGGACCGCAGCCGCCGACAUCGCCGUUCCUCUCGCGAUCGUAGGAGUAGUAGAAGUCGGUCUUACUCGAGGGACCGCAGCGACCGCAGGCGAGAUGACAGGCGUUCGUCGGACUACUACAGAAGACGCUCUGAUUCCCGCCAAGACCGGUCAGAGCGUUAUGACCGCAGUGGUGGAAGAGAAGCCCGAGAGAGCAGCAACAGAGAGGGAGGAGACCGACGAUGAGCAGACUGAGAUGGCAGUGGAGGAGGAGAAUGUUUGCGGCGUAUAUUCGUAUAUUCUCUU